AUUUUGAGGUCUUUUGCAUCACUUGCGCGCUGCGGAAGAAAGCAACAGUUGCAGGCACGAGGAAGAGCUUUCCAAAAGCCCUGGAAGCUCGCCGCAAUGACGCGGCCGUGAGCGUAGCCUUCAGUAUUUCCCAGGUUUGUUCGUCGUGAGCGCUCGCUUGUGCGUGAAGCCGACGAGAACGCGACGAUUGACGUUUCGUUGCUCUGACGGAAGCGAACGGCGCAUUACUUCCGGUACCAUCUAGCACCGUCUGCUCACAGCUCAAUAUGGAGACUGAUGUUGCGUUGCUGUUGGGCAUCAUCGUUGUGCUCAUUCUACUCUUGUUGACGCUCCUAGGCUUUCUCGGCUACUGUGGCCUGUUCGCGCCGAUAGACAUUAAGGCCGAGAAGCCGCCCUUCCAGGAGUUGAAGGUGGCGUACAAGUUCUCCCGCGGCUCGUACAAAAAUUCGGGCGCACUCUUCACCGAAGCUCACAGCAUCGCACCCACCCUAAAAUGCAUCGGUGUCUACUACGACGACCCGAGCGAGGUGGACGUGCCGCGCCUGCGCUACCUCGUGGGUGUGGUGCUGAACGACACCGACCGGCCGGCCACCAAAGAGGUGAAGGAGCAGCUGGAAGCUGAGGGCUUUAAGACGGCCAGCUUCCCGGCUGUGGAUCAUGCUGUAACCACUGUGUUCCCGUUCCGUGGCUCAGUCUCUGUGAUGAUUGCCAUGGCCCGAGUCUACCCUAAGCUCAGAGAGUACAUCAAGGAGAAGCUGCUGUGUGCACGGCCUAUGAUGGAGAUCUAUGAGGACGAGCGCGUGCUGUUUGUCUGCCCACUUUCGAAGCAAGACGAGUUCUACGUCGAGGAAGCUACCGAGGACCCCGAAGAGGGUGCCACCUCGGACCCCGGCACCACUACCGCCUCCGAAGAAGAACGUGCUGAGGACGGCGAGGACGAGGACGAAGAGGAGGAAGAGCCACCGUCGCCGCCCACGAGCCAACCGGCGUCGAGCAAUGGCAAUGGCGGCAACGGAAACACCGAGGAAAGCGACCACGAGCGUGGCUCUCGCAGCAGCACCACGUCCUCCUUCGAAGAGCUGCGCCUUGAGACGGCAUCCAACUAGGCACGACUCCUCUCGGGCCUCACCGUGUUCUCCCCCUCCCAAUUGUCCUUCUUCCCCGGUGUUGCACGUGGGACGUACACAACAUGCUCUUCCGCAAGUGCACAAUGCUGCCACCUCUCUCUCCUCCAUCUCAGUGCUUGAACCUCAAGUUGUUGUUUUGAGGUGUGCGCACAGUUAUAGUUGAGGUGUUCGUUGAAGGAGCAUGCUCCAUUGGAAGAGUGUCAAAGGGACUCUGGAGCAGUGCUGAAUGUAGUCAUAAGGCAUCCUAUUCGGUAGCAGUAGUGAGCAUCUGACCUCCUUGCAUCAACAAACAUUUACUUCGAUUACUGCAGGACCUGCUAAUUGACGUACAGCAUUUUUUAAUAGGAGGUAGUAGAUUGGGUAUUUCCUUUCAAACUCCAUUGCUAUGGCACAAAUGUGCUCUUUGAAAUGACGGGAUAGCGAGCAAUCUGUUGCAAAAUGGUUGGCGUGCGACGUUGCACCACACUGUUCACCCUCUGUACCAUACGAAGUGGAUAUUUACCAGUCUCCCCACGCAUUGAAUUCUGUGAAGAAGUGCGCAACUUAAUGCAUCAUGACAGUGUCUGGUUUGUACGGCCCAAGGUACAUCUCUGGAUAGCAGUUGAAAUGACGGACACAGGGUUCUGUUCAGGGCACACUUAGAAGUCUUGUAGAGGCCUAUAAUGGAAUCCAAAGUAAGGUGGUGGUAGACCAGUGAACAGCAGGGCAUCAUCAGCCAUGAGCACGUUCAUUUACACCUGGCAAUUAGGGCAUGGCUCGUCAUCUUUGAAGUGCUUACCAUUCAGUGGUAAGAGCACAAAUGCAUGCCUGCUUUCAAUGGUGAGAGGAUGAAGACAGUUUUGUUUGAAAUUGGCAAUGUGAUGUUGAUGUUGGGUGACGUCAUGUCCAAAGUGUAUCCGAAGUAGGCUCCACGUUGUUUCAAAUUUUCUCAAACGUGCAUGCAAGCUUCUUCCCUGUCACAAAGAGAAGAGAGUGCAUACAUGGUUCGCCAAUAUUCUGAAUAUUUCUGGCAUUGCAUCGUAGUUCCAGAGACCUCUAAGACAGGACUCCACAAUGAGCAAGAGCCUUGCAAUUAGAGAACUCAUCUGCAACGAGGACAAGAUGCUUUUGGUGAGGGAAUAAGACAAGUCUUUUUAUCUAUGGAGUGAGCUCCUCCUGUUUCGCGUACUGGUUUAACAUUGGAAAGCAAGUGAAGGAGGGAUGAAACAUGUUCCCAUAACUUCCAUUUGACUGCUGCGCCAGUGUCCAGCUCUACCUUCCGUAUUCUCAACCCCGUUUACUCGAGCCACUUCUGGAUUCUUGCAGCACCGUCAAGAGUUUGGGAGCGUUGGACGUAAAUUUACAUAGACUGAAACCGUGAGGGCCGACUUGGACUGAACCUUCUAUUAGUAUGGCAGGUUCAGCGCAACUUUUACUCUCUAGUCCAGCCUUUUGAGGAAAACCACGGAAGUGAACAAGUGGGCCCUUUCACAGGACAGAGCCUCAUUCUCGCUUCCGUUGUUGGCAACCUUUCAAGAGUAUUUGCUUUUUUUCUACCCAUCUUGCUAAAUUGCCUCGUUUUACCUUUUAGGCAAAAGUACUGCUGUGACAUUGUAUUGUGUCCCGUUCAUUUCUAUGUGCCGCUUUCCUAGCAGUGUUGUGCGCUUGCUGUGGAAGCAUGGUUUUACGACGGGAGCCGAUAAGCUACGCCCACCGCAAGUCGCCGUCACUGGCUUGGUCUCCUCUUGCUUUCAGUUUUGUUGGGCAUUUAUCCGUUGCUUUCGGCUCACACUUUCGAAAUAACGACUUUUAGUCUUCCUUCCAUGCAGUGUAAAGCUGCGCUGUACUUUUAAGCCAGGCAGGUUCUGGACAGUGCUGCAAGCAGCAGCGUGUCGUUGAGGUGUAGCAAAUAGCUACGAAGUGGAAGGGGCAGAAAAAAAAAGCAUUGAAAUAAAAUGGCAGCAGCUUUUGUUUGCAAUUUUUGGGCAUUCACAAGAUUUCUGUGAUUCUAUGCCUAUGGUUUGUAUGUGUAUUAGGCAGGGGACAGCAGGCAGGCAUCUUGUGGGCUUCGGUGUGCAGGAUCCAGAGUAGAUUACAUCCUAGUGAAGCUAUGCUGAACAACACAGAACGCAAAUGCAACACAAUAAACUAUGAAUCCUUGUUGCGGGAUUUCUUUUUCCUCUAGAGAACAGUUAGAUGGGGUGCUAUAAAGCCUUUUUUUUUUUCUUAAUCCAGUGCUCCCAUAUUAGCCCUUGAUUCUCACGUAGGACAAGCCGUUUCUCGAUUAAUGAAUCGCAGGCGUAGCGCCACUUUUCUACCUUCUAUGUAUAAAGCUUGAACGCUGAUUAAGGAGUCUUCUUUUACAUCGUAAGACAAACAAAAGGUUGUGUUGAUGUCAAACACCAAACUUGUCACUGGAGCUACUUACACAUUUUCUUGCCUUUUGUACCACUCUCGCCAUUGUAUGUGCAUAAUGUGUUUGAUAUUGGGUAUUUCGCACCACUGCAGUUGCCUGCUGAGAGUCUAAAUUGCCGAGCUAUUUUGCAAUUUUGCAAUGAAACAGCUGUUUGUGUAUGCACCUGUUCUUUUGUUUCUUUUCCUUGAGGGGAGGGGGGCAUUCAUAAUUGAGGUUGAUUUAUCUGGCCAUGUUAACGAGGGGGGCAGGGGGGUUAAUGCAAACAAAUCCUUUUGCUUCUUGUUGCAUAGUUUCUGUAAGCUUGCACCUCCCGUGACGUAUGCCUACUAACUUCAAAGACUUAGCUAAAUCUUUCACUGUUUCUUUUCUAAGGGAUUAGUUGUGGCAUCUCAUCAUUAUCAGCUUUCAGUACAUUAAGAUGUUCAUUGUCUUUAACCCCUUGUAGGGAAUGUUGUUUUUUUGCUAUUCACUUUGCAGAGGGGAUACAAAAGGGGACAAGAGACUGAAAUUUCGUUCCAGUCUUUCUGGUCGUCAAAAGCUGAACCUGAGCUCUUAGAUGAAUACACCCAACUGUUCCAACUGCCGUCACUUAACCGUCCUUUGUUUCUCGGCUGGUAGCUGAAAAGAAGAAAGAGGGUUGAUCUGUAUUAUAAACUGCUUUCCUUGUUGAGACAAUGUUUUGCACAUAUUUAUCCCACAAACUUUUUCUGAACCAUACCAAGAUACUCCCGCCCGCAAAGUUUGUUGAUGUUGACAGAUGUUUGUUGCCUCGUGUUGAGUUCUUCGCUGCCAAGGAGUGUAGUCUAGUGACUGUUUUCAAGACUUCAGAGGUUUAGCUUGCCACGUGUUCCUGCAUUGUACCCUUCUUGGGUUGAUUGAUGGUGUGAACGUGACGUGGUAGCGAAAAGUUUUGCCUGGCAUCUCGGGAGCGUUGCAGCAGUUUUAUUGGGAGGGUUUCGGUGUCAUUUAUUCUCGAAUUUCGUUGCCAUCCAUUCAUAAAGCACCUCUUUUAAUCGGUUGGUCGCAUAGUUCCUACAAAAAAUGCUUUUGAGUGAAGCCCUCACUCUGAUCGGUGCCAAGCUGCAUUGCUGUGGGUCUUCUAUGUAUGUCAUGUUAGAGCUAACCUGGCAUAACUGUCCGAGCUGCGUAAAUCUUGGGAAAGAAGGAAUGCUGUCGCAGGUAUUUAGCAGCUGUUUUGAACCACUGACCAGCAUUCAGUAGCAUUUGCAGUAAUGCCCAGGUUGGCUCAAAGUACAGCAUACGUAUAUAACACAAGCGCUGCAUUAUGGCGUGCAUUCACAUUAAUUUGUGCUCUCAAACAAAGAGGUCAUCUCUUUUUUUCCUCCACAAUACCAUUCAGUGGGCCUUAAACCCUAUCUGAAUGAAACAAGCUUACAUGCUACACGGCAUUUCAGAGACCUUAUUAUCAACUGUGUUCUUUUACGUUGCUGCAGUUUUAAAAGCACGUUGUAAAGUAAUGUAAAAUACACCCUUGAACUGCAGCGUCAACUUCGGGCAAGCUGUCCAUUUGUUCUGCUUUCAGGCACAAUACUGAACAGUGCUUAGGAUUUGCUUGUGCAUGAUUUCUGUAAUGCACUACUUGGUACAAUAGGCAUGUGGAAGGUGUUGGUGUGGGACUUAAUGGAAAAAUUUACAGCCACAAUUGCUUUAAUGGUUGUCCCUUUUCAGGAAAUGACUUUCCGGUAUGCUUGGGUAAGUACAGGCAUUAUUGCCUUCUGUCUAAGCUGAAAUGGUGCAACUUGAAGAUUUGUAGGGGGUUUCUCCCCCUCCCGGUUACUUUUUCGUUGGCAGGGUGGAGUUGAAAGUACCUAUAUGAGAGGUGAGAUGGUUGUAAAAUCCAUAUUCUGUAAGCAACUGUUCCAGCCCCUCAGUCAACUGGCAUGGUUCGAAGUACACUGUAUAGUACUUCUGACUUGGUGCUGGGUAUGCUCAUAGCAAACAAUUCAGAUUUUCGCAUGUUAUUUUUAACAAGUAGUGCAUUACCGAAGCUACACCAUCUCGGCUAGCCUUGUUCCAGCACUGCUUUGUUCCCACACUUUUUCAAACUGUGCCUCCGUCAUCUGUGCUGUGGGUUAUCUAUCCCACGGCAUGCUGGAGAUUCGUAUUGCGAUACCGGUAAUGCGUACCAUGUCAAGGCAACAGCCACUGAAGCUAUGUGACCAAGCAAGGAAACUGUUUCGUAUGCUUUCCUGUUGUUUUUUUUCCCUUUCUACUUGUACAAUUUGUCAAGGACACUUUGCUGCAUUGUUCCAAACAAUUUUCUCUUUAUUUUGCAUUGAAAUAAAACGUGGCAGACUUGA